UGCGCAAAAUCUCCAGCGCCGGACGGACGGACGCAGUUUGACGGUACAAACGAGCGGCACUGCGGGGGGAUAUCCAAGAAAAAGGCAUCCAAAGCAGACAUGGAUAUAUAAUGGGCAUUUGAUUCUUUUUUUUAUCUGUUUGUCUUUUUUUACCUUGUGAUGUUGCUUUUGCCCCGGAGGUGUUAAUUGAACCUGCUCGAUGUCUCUCAUCAGUUUAUAACCGAAACAAAAUGAGGAUUUCUUCUCGCGACUGGUUUCUGUUGAUAUUCUCUGGCUUUUUGGGAUUGACAAUGGGUGCUUUCCCGAGCAGCGUUCAGAUCGGCGGUCUGUUCAUCAGAAAUACUGAUCAGGAGUACACCGCCUUUCGUUUGGCAAUCUUCCUGCACAACACCAGCCCGAACGCCUCGGAAGCCCCGUUCAACCUGGUGCCUCAUGUGGACAACAUCGAGACGGCCAACAGCUUCGCCGUCACCAACGCCUUUUGCUCCCAGUACUCCCGUGGUGUCUUUGCCAUCUUCGGCCUGUACGACAAGCGCUCGGUCCACACGUUGACAUCUUUCUGCAGCGCCCUGCACAUCUCCCUCAUUACUCCCAGCUUCCCCACCGAAGGCGAGAGCCAGUUCACCCUGCAGCUCCGGCCGUCCAUCCGGGGAGCGCUCCUGUCCCUCCUCGACCACUACGACUGGAACAAGUUCGUUUUCCUGUACGACACCGACCGAGGAUACGCCAUCCUGCAGGCCAUCAUGGAGAAGGCGGGACAGAACAACUGGCAGGUCAGCGCCAUCUGUGUGGAAAACUUCAAUGAUGCCAGCUACCGGCGACUGCUGGAAGAUCUGGACCGGCGACAGGAGAAGAAGUUUGUGAUCGACCUCGAGGCUGAGAGACUGCAGAACAUGCUGGAACAGAUCGUCAGCGUCGGAAAACACGUCAAAGGCUACCAUUACAUCAUGGCCAACCUGGGUUUCAAGGACAUCAACCUGGAGCGCUUCAUGCAUGGUGGAGCCAAUGUGACAGGCUUCCAGCUGGUCGACUUCAGCAACCCCAUGGUUAUCAAACUGAUGCAGCGCUGGAACAAGCUGGAUCAGAGGGAGUACCCUGGCUCGGAUGCCCCUCCAAAGUACACCUCAGCGUUGACAUAUGAUGGGGUGAUGGUGAUGGCCGAGGCCUUCAGGAACCUGCGCAGGCAAAAGGUGGACAUUUCCAGAAGGGGGAACGCUGGUGACUGUCUUGCCAACCCUGCCGCCCCGUGGAAUCAGGGCAUCGACAUGGAGCGUACUCUUAAACAGGUUCGGCUGCAGGGAUUAACAGGUAAUGUCCAGUUUGACCACUAUGGCCGCAGGGUCAACUACACUAUGGACGUGUUUGAACUGAAGAAUAAUGGACCCCGACGGAUCGGCUACUGGAACGAUGCAGACAAACUGGUGCUGAUCCAGGACUCUCCGCUGCUUCCAAAUGACACUUCUGGCAUGGAGAACCGCACUGUUGUAGUUACCACCAUCAUGGAGGGUCCCUAUGUGAUGCUUAAGAAGAACUGGGAGAUGUACGAGGGCAACGACCAGUACGAAGGCUACUGCGUGGACCUGGCCUCGGAGAUCGCCAAACACAUCGGCAUCAAGUACAAGAUCUCCAUCGUACCCGAUGGGAAGUAUGGCGCCAGGGACCCGGAGACGAAGAUCUGGAACGGCAUGGUCGGGGAGCUGGUGUACGGGAAAGCGGAAAUCGCUGUGGCCCCUUUGACUAUCACGUUGGUCCGGGAGGAGGUGAUUGACUUCUCCAAGCCCUUCAUGUCGCUGGGCAUUUCCAUCAUGAUCAAGAAACCCCAAAAGUCCAAACCCGGGGUGUUCUCCUUCCUGGACCCACUGGCCUACGAGAUCUGGAUGUGCAUCGUGUUUGCCUAUAUCGGCGUGAGCGUGGUGCUCUUCCUGGUCAGCCGCUUCAGCCCGUACGAAUGGCACACCGAGGAGCCCGAAGAGGGCACCGACGGUCCGCCAAGCGACCAGCCCCCCAAUGAAUUUGGUAUCUUCAACUCCCUCUGGUUCUCCCUGGGCGCCUUCAUGCAACAGGGCUGCGACAUCUCCCCCAGAUCACUAUCGGGACGAAUCGUAGGGGGAGUGUGGUGGUUCUUCACUCUCAUCAUUAUCUCAUCUUACACGGCUAACCUGGCUGCCUUCCUCACUGUGGAGAGGAUGGUUUCUCCCAUUGAGAGCGCCGAGGAUCUGGCCAAGCAGACAGACAUUGCCUACGGCACUUUGGACUCUGGCUCGACCAAGGAGUUCUUCCGGCGGUCAAAGAUCGCAGUCUACGAGAAGAUGUGGGGAUACAUGAAGUCGGCUGAGCCCACAGUCUUCACCAAGACCACGGCUGAGGGCGUGGCGCGGGUCCGCAAGUCUAAAGGGAAAUACGCCUUCCUCCUGGAGUCCACUAUGAAUGAGUACACAGAGCAGCGCAAGCCAUGCGACACAAUGAAAGUGGGAGGCAACUUGGACUCCAAAGGCUACGGAGUAGCCACACCCAAGGGUUCACAGUUAAGAACGCCCGUAAACCUUGCCGUAUUGAAACUGAGUGAAGCAGGAGUCUUAGACAAACUGAAAAACAAAUGGUGGUACGAUAAAGGGGAGUGUGGACCCAAGGACUCGGGAAGUAAGGACAAGUCGUCCCAGGCCCUCAGCCUGAGCAACGUGGCGGGGGUCUUCUACAUCCUCGUCGGGGGCCUGGGUCUGGCCAUGCUGGUGGCCCUCAUCGAAUUCUGCUACAAGUCGCGCAACGAGGCCAAGAGAAUGAAGCUAACAUUUACAGAAGCCAUGAGGAACAAGGCCCGUCUGUCCAUCACAGGCAGCGUUGGGGAAAAUGGACGAGUGCUGACGCCCGACUGUCCCAAGGCCGUCCACACCGGGCCUCCCCUCCGCCAGAGCUCCGGCCUCGCCUUGGUCUCCUCUGAGCUCCCGUGAAAACCAAAAACCUCUUAAGUGCCUUAUUCCAAUAGCAACAACGACAACAACAACAACAAAAAAAAAGACAAUAACCACACCACCCACAAAACCACUAGAAACUAACCACAAAGAAACAGGAUUCAGACACUCAACGGGUCACCUCCAGUGGGCGAGACAGGACCGACAGCGGAGCGAACAACUAAUUCCACUGUUUGAGGUUACGACUUGUUGCGGCUCGACGAUUUCUCGCUGAAAUCUGUGGAAACCAGAGGACAGAACAAUCUCGAUAUUUGGAAGCAUAUGUUUGAAUCAAAGGGUGACGAAAAUCCAAAACGGAGCCAUUCAACCUUUACCACUCCAGCGAGGGAAGAGGAACAGAUGGGAAGAAAAAUAAUAAUAUCAUGAUAUAUGAUAAAGAUGAAGACCAGAAAACUGUAAACUCAAAACUGUGCAUUUUUUUUUUUUCUUGGAUUGCUGUGAAUUUGGCGAAAAACCGAACCACAAUCAAGAUUGUUUUCAAACUGAACAGUGUUUGCUACACAGACAUGAGUAGCGUUCAAGAGACAACAAUCUCGCUAGAUAUCAACACAAGUGACGCUGGGAGAGUUGUAGCCCAGCGCCAUGAAGAUACGAUGAAAAUAUUUGUAUUCAUAAUAACGAAAAUGAAAUCUAUUGAUAUUGAAUAUAUGAGCAAACAUAGGAAACUGUGAAAAUAAGUAAAUAUGUAUAUUCCGUGAAAAACAAAAUGAGAAAUCUAGCUGUACAUAGGGACGACUGUGUAACAUGCUUGCUUUUUAAACAGAUGUACAUAGCAGAUACUGUAGUGGACAGAGAGUUCUUUUUUGUAAUCAUCUUUAAAGAUUUUAUUCAUCGCAAUAAUGAAAAAGAUGAUGCCACUUGAAACAGGAGACAUGUGGAAGGCAAUGUUAAAAAUUUGUUACGUGUUGAAUACUUAACUGUAUUAUAUAGGAACAUUCAAACUCUUAAAUGUGAAAGGGGUAUCGACUGCCCGAAUAUUCUGAUACCUGUUACAUACAAAAUUAAUAAAUAUAUUCAACGAUGAAUGUUAUGAACUAGCUCCACACCCAAUCCUUAAACCACAACCCUCACUGUGCAGACGUAGACCCAGAGAGUCGCUCAUGAGCAGAGCUUUAUAAAUCGAGUCUCUGCAGUCAGAAUAUAACUAUUUUUUUCAUUCUUUGAUCUAUUUUUUGUACUGAGAAAUUAAAAAAAAAAGGAACUGUAUGUCUCCUGGUUGACAGUCAAUUACUAUCUGGGUAGAUGUUUUAGACCAUUACGUGUGUGGAGACGAGUCGAAACGAUGACGCGAAAAUGAAAAAUGCCAUUUCUCUCACUAUACAGUAUGUUAUUUGAAGUGUCCAUACUAUUUCUGGUUAAGACGUCGAACCCGAGCUGAUGAGGCUACUGUUUGUAUGUUGAACAAUGAUUUAGAGCCCUUCCUUAUUGAAACACUGUGGAUCCUCCGGGGAGACUGGGCACACUGUAGCAGAAAUGUAUUCGCUCCAGUCUCGUCUCUUUUGGGAACGGAAGGACAAUCUGCAAUAGGAUUACAAGACGCCACAUCUUCAGCAACAACAAGCCAGCGAUGGUGUUGGUAUAUGUUUUCGUUUGUUCCCAGCUCUCGUCGGGGGCUCGUCCCCUCACACAUGCUGUGG